GAUAUUUUUUAUUUCAGUCUAAAAUCUUUCUCAAGACAGCAAGAAGGAUGACGUUUUACACAUUGAGAGACUUGGCUUGAUAUUUUUUUGUUGUAUAUUCUCAUUAUGUCAGAGUCUGAAGCCAGUGGAAUGUCUUUUUGAUAGGAGAGUGGAUAACUAAAGACAGCAAGGUGACAUAGCUCAGAAGUUUUUACUUCCAGAAAGACAAGUUAAAGUAAAUCAGUUGGUAAACAGAAUGGACGAUGAAGGAGGUGUUAUAUACUGUAUAUGUAGAUCAUCAGACUGCUCAAGGUUUAUGAUUGGUUGUGACCAGUGUGAAGAAUGGUACCAUGGAGAUUGUAUAGGUGUUACAGAACAUGAUGCUAAAUCAAUCAAAGCCUUUUUCUGUCACUUCUGUCGAGAAAAAGAUCCUUCAUUACAAGUUAAAUACAAAAAAAAGAAGAUAAAGGAUGUAGAAUAUGUACCGACUACAGACAGAGAAAGUAGACAGAAAGAAAAGGAGUCUGCAAAGAGGAAAUCAACAAGAAGAUGUGGGGAAUGUGUUAACUGUCAUAAAACAGAGGAUUGUGGGAGAUGUGAUUUUUGCAAGGACAUGAAAAAGUUUGGUGGAAUGAAUAGAAUUCGACAGAAAUGUCGCCUUCGUCAGUGUAUUAAUUUUGGAUUAAACAUGUCAAAUAGUGGUAAAAAACUGGGAAAAUCAGCAACGAGAACAGUGGUUGCUGAAACAGAAUCAACAAGAACAGAAUAUCCUGCUGGAAAUAUGUCAAAUGAUGAUUUUGAUAUGGAUGAUGAAGACAUAGAUGUAGAUGAUUAUGUACCACCAAUGGAAAUGUCAGAAAAUGAACAACCAAGAAAGAAAAGAGGCAGAAAAAGAAGCUCUUCUGAGUCAACACCAUCUCCAAAGAAAAAGUAUAAAAAGAGAGGACGCAAGGAGAAAGAAAAGAAAACAAAAGAUAAGAGUUCAUCAGUUCAUCAUCACAAAAAAAAUCGUCAUAUGGAGAUUGAAGAUGUACGAGAACAACACCAUGAUGAAGAUGAGCCAAAACAGUGCUAUGGACCUGGUUGUAUAGAGGCAGCAAGACCUCACUCUAAAUACUGCUCAGAUAAUUGUGGAAUGAAAUUAGCUAAAAGUCGUAUAUAUGAAUUAUUACCUCCAAAGAUACAGCAGUGGCAGAAUAGCCCUUCUAUAUCAGAAGAAAAUAAUAAACGGUCACUGGAGAAGAUUCGCCGUCAGCAGUUAGAAACUAGAAAGAGAAUUGGAGAACUUGAUCUCAGGCAUCAAGAAUUAGAUGCUAUUGUUGAAAGGGCAAGACAUGCUAUUAUUAAUGAACAAGAUCCAACUGAAGAGGAUGACACAGAGUUAAGUGUUUAUUGUGUUACAUGUGGUGUAGAGCUUAAUCAGAAAGGAGCCUUACGUCAUAUGGAAAAAUGCUUUGCCAAGUUUGAAGCCCAGACAUCAUUUGGAUCUAUAUACAAGACAAGGAUAGAAGGCAAUUCUAUGUUUUGUGACUUCUACAAUAUUCAGCAAAAAGUGUAUUGUAAAAGGCUUAAAGUAUUAUGCCCAGAACAUACCAAGGAACCCAAGGUAGGUACAGAAGAAGUUUGUGGUUGUCCCAUAGUCACCAAUGUGUUUGAAGAAACUGGUGAAUUCUGUAGGGCAGCGAAAAGAAAAUGUAAUAAACAUCUAUGUUGGGAAAAGUUACAUCGAGCAGAGAUUGACAUGGAGAGAGUUAGACAGUGGUUGAAGUUGGAUGAGCUGUUUGAACAAGAGAGAAACAUCAGAGUUGCCAUGUCUAAUCGUGUUGGUGUUCUUGGUUUAAUGUUACACCAGACAAUUGACCAUGAUCCAUUGAACCCAAUCAAAGUACCCACAAUGCAAUAAAACAUUAUGUGUCAUAAAUGAAGUCAUAUUGUCAAAUGAAACCCAUUUCUUGUUGUAUAUAAAUAAAGUUUGUUAUGUUGUAGAUUAUUAUACAAUAUAUAAAAAAAAUUAUUAUGAAA